CAGACUGCCAUCAUCACCGCGAUCUUUGGAUUCUACUGAAAAACUGACCGUAACCAUUUACGUUAUUUCAAUAACAGGUUUCAUACUAUUAUGUUAAAUUGAAUUCUGAAGAUGACCAGCAAAAUGAAGUUCGUUCGGUCACUGGUGAAGACAGCAGCGUUGGCCAACGUGCCAAAACACAUCGAUCACUUCUCCAAGUUCUCCCCUUCUCCUCUCUCAAUGAAGCAGUUUUUGGAUUUUGGUUCAACCAACGCCUGUGAGCGUACAUCAUUUGUCUUCCUUCGUCAGGAGCUUCCUGUGCGAUUGUCCAACAGCAUGAAGGAGAUCAACCUUCUACCAGACCGGCUGCGUGCCACACCGUCUGUUCAGCUAGUCCAGAGCUGGUACAUCCAGAGCCUAAUGGAGAUCCUGGAGUUUCUGGACAAGAACCCAGAUGACCAGGAAGUUCUUGAGACGUUUGUGGAGGUCUUGGAGGCGAUCAGAAACCGGCACAAUGAGGUGGUCCCCACCAUGGCUCAGGGAGUCAUUGAGUACAAAGAGGCUUUCGGGCAGCAGGAUGCUGUUACUGACCACAACAUUCAGUACUUCCUGGACCGCUUUUACACCAGCCGCAUCUCCAUCCGUAUGCUCAUCAACCAGCACACACUUGUCUUCUAUGGCAACACAAACCCUGCCCACCCAAACAGCAUUGGCUGUAUUGACUCCCUCUGUGAUGUAACAGAGGUUACACGAGAUGCCUAUGAGAGUGCUAAGAUGCUGUGUGAACAGUACUACCUGGGGGCGCCAGAGCUGGAGCUUAGGCAGAUGAAUGCCAACAAUGUCAGAGAGCCAAUCUAUAUUUCUUAUAUUCCAUCCCACCUGUACCACAUGCUUUUUGAAUUAUUCAAGAAUGCCAUGAGAGCAACCAUUGAGAACCAUGAGGCCAGCAGGACCCUCCCACCCAUCAAAAUCAUGAUCGCUCUUGGUAGAGAGGACCUGUCAAUAACGAUGAGUGACAGGGGAGGUGGUGUUCCCUUCAGGAAGACUGAGCGUCUGUUCAGCUACAUGUAUUCAACUGCUCCCAGACCCACCUUUGGAGAAAAACACAGAGCCCCACUGGCAGGGUUUGGCUACGGUCUGCCAAUCUCUCGUCUCUAUGCUCGCUACUUCCAAGGAGACUUACAGCUCUACUCUAUGGAGGGUCACGGCACUGAUGCCGUCAUACACCUGAAGGCAUUAUCCACCGACUCAGUGGAGAGACUACCAGUUUUCAACAAGACUGCUUUGCGCCAUUAUAAGCUGAGUUUGGAGGCGGACGAUUGGUGCAUUCCCUCCAGGGAACCGCUUGACUUGGCUGUCUACCGUGCUGCCAAGUGAUUUAAUCAAUGAUUUGGUUAGUUCUCACUGGCAUGAACUCUCAAAAACAGCACUUUCAGUCACAAAGUGUUGCUUAAAUGAAGGGCAUUAUGGGAACUGAACUUAGCUAAAUGGCUCUAAAUGUCCAAAUGGACUCUUGCUGUACCCCUAUACCUAGGAGACUUCUGUUCGGUCCCAUGUGCAACCAAAAGUCUAUGUUAAAGCAUAAUUUUAGUCAAAGCCAUUAGCCGUGCCAAUGUUUUUCAAUGCCAAACUGCCAAUGUUUCACAUAGGCUACACUUUUAAAUGUUUUAAAUGACAGUGGUUUGGGCCCUAGAAGAAGGACUUUGGUGCUCUUUUAGCUGUGGUUCACGUUAACAAACAUUUAGUAGUAAAAAAAUCUUGUAAGAGUUUGAAAAAAUCUAGAUAUACGUUUUAAUCACAAAAAGCUGCAAAAGCUAAAGUGACCAAAAGUGAUAAGAAAGGCAGAACAUUCAGGUCUUGAUAGUUUUGGUACAUCCUUGCCUUAAGGGAAUGCCUUCUUCCUGUUUCUUCUCCAGCUUUCUUUACGUGUGUGCCUUACUUGGAAGGGAAGAAAAGCAGAUAAACAAACCAAGUCAAGAGUGUAACAACACUGUUUUGGAAAAUCGGAAAGGGAAAGAAUCUGGAGAAGUGAAUAUAAUUAAUAGUAGUGCUGGUCAUUUUUAGGAGAACAGGUAACUGAACUUUUUUAAUGAGUCUAGUCUAGAACAAUAUGCAGCAUGUCUGCCAACUUCACACUAGUGCUACAAUGACAUCCUCAACCUCACAUGAAAAACCCAUUUACUCAGAUCAGUGUGUAUUUGCUGAUGCCUUUCAAGAUAUUUUAAGGGGUCUACUUAGUCGAUCAGGUCUUUGGUGUCAUGAUGCCAGCAAGAAUAUUUCCUCAGAACAAAAAAGUGCCUAUGCAUGUUCAUUUACUUUGCUUUAUUGUGUGUUUUGCUUUCUAAGAGUGAACCAGUCAGUAACAAUACUACUUCAAAAACUUGAUGCUGCAUAAAUUUGUGUUUUAUGUUUUUUUUUACUGACUAAAGAUGCAGAACAAUUACUUGCUCAGCUGCUUAGUUACUGAUAAGGAUGAGGAUUAAAGAUCAUUCAGUGGGUGUAUAAAAGGUACUGUAACAAUUAUGUAAACUUGUGUUCUGUUGACAGGAUUCAGGUUAUUCAUUAAUUGUCUUCGCUUUUAAUGUGUUGAGCCUCGAAAUCAGCUUUUUGUUAAAGACCUGUAACGGACCCAAACUGCUACGUGUGUAUUGAUUGCUGUACAGUUUAUUGUGAUUCACUGUGUGUAUUCACAUACCCAGAGAUUGUAUUAUCUGAAGGACCUGUAUUUCAUUGUAUUUUUGAAGUGAACUGUUCAUAUAUGAAGACUUUUAUUUUUAUAAAGAAAUGUCCGGAAAAUAAACCAACCAGAAAAGAA